AUGGAGCUCGCGCCCCUGCUCCUUCUCACCCAGCUGCUGCUGCUUCCGGCGGUGGCGGUUGUCUCCGGCGAGCCCGCCGCGCACCCGGGCUACGCGCACGCUGAGGAGGCAUGCGGCGGCGUGGCAGGGGCAGAGGCAGCAACGGUGCUGGUGCCGGCGCCGGAGCGGCGCGAGGAGUUCGACGGCGGCCGGAUCGUGGACAUCAGCCACUACUACCGCGAGGACAUGCCGGCGUGGGAGUCGUCGGAGGGCACGGGCGAGUUCCUGCAGCUGACGCGGUCCAUGCGCAACGGCUCCGACAUCGCCAACUUCUCGGAGCUCCGUCUCACCGCGCACUCUGGCACCCACGUUGACGCGCCGGGACACGUCUUCGAGCACUACUACGACGCCGGCUUCGACAUCGACACGCUCGACCUCGCCGUCCUCAACGGACCAGCGCUGUUGGUUGAUGUUCCCAGGGAUAAGAACAUCACAGACAGAAAGCUUAUGUGGAAGAAAGAAUUUGAUACAAGUUAUGUUGGCUUCAUGAAGGAUGGUGCACAAUGGUUGGUUGAUAAUACCGACAUCAAACUAGUUGGAGUUGACUACUUGUCAGUGGGCGCAUUUGAUGAAUGCAUUCCAGCUCAUUUAGUAUUUCUUGAAAAAAGGGAGGUCAUCCUUGUGGAAGCCUUAAAUCUGGAGCGUGUUAGCCCUGGAAUAUACACAUUGCAUUGCUUGCCACUAAGAUUGCGGGGUGCUGAAGGUUCUCCAGCAAGAUGCAUCCUCAUCAAGUGA